AUGGCUGAAAGUGUUCGGGUUUGUGUGAGAUGUCGGCCGUUCAAUCAGAGAGAGAAGGAUCUGAAUACACAGGUGACGAGCUGCUCCUUGAAGGCCUAGUUCUCAAGUAGCCGAGCCUAGAAAGUUCAAUUGUCAAGGGUCAGCGUCUAGAGAGCCUUUAUUUGAAGUAACCGCGCCUUGAGGGUUUCUAUGUCAAGUAGCCAAGCCUAGAAAUCCUAGUUGUCAAGGAUCAGCGCUUUGAUGUAGAUCCUUAAUUCUUCUAAGGGCUUUCAAGGGCGUUUAAAGGCUUCUAAGGGCUUUUUAAGGCUUUAGAAAGCUUCUGGAGGCUUCUAGGGCUUUGUGAGGCUUUAGAUAGAUCCUUAAGGCUUCAAGGGACUUUUUAAGGCUUUAGGAGGCUUCUAAGGGCUUUCUAAGGUUUCUGGAGGCUUCUGGAGGCUUCUAGGGGUUUUUUAAGGCUUUAGAUAGAUCCUUAAGGUUUCAAGGGACUUUUUAAUGCUUUAGGAACCUUCUGGAGGCUUCUGAAGGCUUCUACGGGCUUGUAAGGGCUUUUUAGUGCUUCUGAAGGCUUCUGGAAUUUUUUCAAACAAAUUUUUCUGAGUUUUGCUUCUCUACCCACGCUUUUCCUCUAUUUUAUAUUUUACCCAAAAAAAAGUAUAAAAAGUAUCAAAAAUAAUAAUUCUCCAUGACCGGAAAUGAGUCGGAAAUGAACUUUUUUUGUUCGGUAACACGUGUCUAUGAAACCGGGGAAAAAUGAUUUCAGCAAUGUGUCGAAAUGAAUCCGGCAGUCGGACAGGUUACGGUAUCAGCUCCAGACGGCGUGAAUAAGGAUUUCACAUUUGAUGGCGCUUAUUUUAUCGAUUCGACUGGAGAGCAAAUUUAUAAUGAUAUCGUGUUUCCACUUGUUGAGGUAAAAUGUUCACCGAGAGUUAGGCUAACUCAAAAACAAAAUGAAAUAAAAUUCCAGAAUGUAAUUGAAGGAUAUAAUGGUACUGUAUUUGCCUACGGUCAAACGGGUUCUGGAAAAACGUUUUCGAUGCAGGGAAUCGAAUCGCUGGCCACUCAGCGAGGAGUUAUUCCGCGAGCUUUUGAUCAUAUUUUUACGGCAACUUCGACGACGGAAAAUAUGAAGUUUUUGGUGCAUUGUAGUUAUUUGGAGAUUUAUAAUGAGGAAGUGAGGGAUUUGUUGGGUGCGGAUAGUAAACAGAAGUUGGAAAUUAAGGUGGGAUUUUUUUUAAAUAUUGCUCAGGUUAGAGUCUAGUUACUGUAAUAAUUCUUAGAAGAUUGCUCAGGUUAAAUCCCUAAUGUUUGUAGAAAACAUUGCUCAGGUUAUAGUUUAGGAAUCAUAUUGGUAGAAUUUUUAGAAGAUUACUCAGAUUAGAGCCCAGGAAUCUUACUGUACAAUUUUCAUAUGAUUGCUCAUAUUAGAGCCCAGGAAUCUUACUGUAAUAACUUUCAGAAACCAUUGCUCAUCUUAUUUUCAAUUAAAUGAUUUUUAGAAGAUUGCUCAGGUUAAAAUCCAGGAAUCUUACUGUUAUAGUUUGUAAAAGAUUGCUCAGAUUAGAAUGAUCUUACUGUAUUAAUUUUGUUAAACAUUGCUCAGGUUAGAGCCCAGAAAUCUCAAUUCAAUAAUUUGGAAAUCAUUGCUCAGGUUAGAGUUCAGUUACUGUAACAAUUUGUAGAAGAUUGGUCAGGUUAGAGCCCAGGAAUCUCAAUUUGAUAAUUUUUUUUUAACAUUGCUCAGAUUAAACCUCACUUUUUUGCUGACAUUGAGCAUCUUAAAAUUUAGGAUUGCUCAUGUUAUAGCUUUCAAAAAACGUAUUUUCCCAGGAGCACGCUGAUCGCGGAGUUUAUGUCGCCGGUCUUUCAAUGCACGUCUGUCACGAUGUUCCAUCUUGCAAAGAACUAAUGACAAGAGGCUUCAAUAAUCGACAUGUUGGAGCAACAUUAAUGAAUAAAGACUCCUCAAGAUCUCACUCGAUUUUCACAGUCUACGUGGAAGGUAUGACCGAAAGUGGGUCAAUUCGAAUGGGUAAAUUGAAUUUGGUUGAUUUGGCUGGAUCGGAAAGACAAAGUAAAACCGGUGCGACUGGAGAUCGAUUAAAGGAGGCUACGAAAAUUAAUCUAUCAUUAUCAGCAUUGGGAAAUGUGAUAAGCGCGUUAGUUGAUGGAAAAUCGAAACAUAUUCCAUAUCGAGAUAGUAAACUAACAAGGUUAUUGCAAGAUUCUUUGGGUGGAAAUACAAAGACAAUUAUGAUUGCUUGUGUUAGUCCAAGUAGUGAUAAUUAUGAUGAGACAUUGAGCACUUUGAGGUAUGCAAAUCGGGCGAAGAAUAUUAAGAAUAAACCCAAGAUUAAUGAAGAUCCGAAGGAUGCGUUGUUAAGAGAAUAUCAGGAGGAAAUUGAACGGUUGAAGGCUAUGGUUCAACCGGGAGGUGAGACAUUUUUGAAAAAAAACAUUUUGCAUAAUCGAAAACGCCAGCCUUUUAAAUAUUAUGCGGUGUUCAAAGCAGAAAAAAACGUCGAACUGUCUGCUUCUCUCGUUUACACACACUAUUUCUCUGUUCGUUGCGAGACCCGUUUAGAAAAAUGAAAAAAAAACGCGAGCUUUGUACGUUUUUUCUGCUUUGGACGUGAAAAAAAAUAUUAAAAAAAAAAAAAUUAUAUACCGUAGUUCUUUUUUCGCGACGAGACCAUGUGUGUGUUUCAACUGUUGCGCCUUUCAAACACUACGGUAUUUUUUGUUUUUCCGGUUUUGCGAGGUUUUUGCAUGAAAAAUCGAAGAAUUAACCCCGUUUAAAGCAAGAAACACCUUAAAAAACGAUUUUCAAGUGUUUUAUUGAGGAAAAACCUAUUUUUCGGUAGAAAAUUACGAAAAUCGAUCUAAAUUAGUUCUAAUUCACUUUUCUCAGUUGAAUUCCUCAGGAAUAGCCACCAAAACCGCCAUUUUUGUUGUGAAUCAAAGGCGCAUCGAUUUUUGAAAGAUGUGUGUCUCGUAGCGACGAAACAAAGACCAAAUUUAAAAAAUUUUUUCAGCAAUGACCCAUCAACAACAAGCGCAGUUUAACAUCGAUGAGGAGCGCAGAAAAUUGCGGGAAGAAUUCGAAGAAGCGAUGAAUGACUUGCGAAGUGAUUAUGAGAAAGAGCAAUCGAGCAAGGCAGAGUUGCAGAAGGAUUUGGAAGCGUUGAAAAUGGAAUAUGAGCGAGCAAACGCGAAUCUCGAUAAUCUGAAUCCGGAAGAUGCGGCAAAAAAGAUCCAACAAUUACAAGAUCAAUUUAUUGGGGGAGAACAAGCUGGAAAUACACAAUUGAAGCAAAAAAGGAUGAAACAAUUAAUGGAGGCUGAGACGAAAACUCAAAAAUUGGCAGCCGCUUUGAAUGUGCACAAAGAUGAUCCACUUUUGCAGGUUUAUAGUACGACACAGGAGAAAUUGGAUGCAGUUACGAGUCAAUUGGAAAAAGAGGCGAAGAAAUCGAAGGGUUUGGAGAGAGAGAUUGAGGAUUUGCAUGGCGAGUUUGAAUUGGAUCGGUUGGAUUAUUUGGAUACAAUUAGGUUUGUACUUAUUUUGAGUUCAAAAAAAAAUUCACAAAAUAUUGUUUUCCUGGCUAAUUUUAGACAUUCCCAGAGGUUUUUCCAUGAAAAUUCUCUUUUUUUUCCCGAAAAAAAGAAAACAAUUGCAAAAAAAUAAAAAGAAAACAACGAGACUCCGCGUUGACGUUGCAUGCGCGCGCGGUUUGAAUUUAUGUUUUUUCAAUAGGCUUUCAUAUUUUGGCGAAAACUUUUCAAAAUUUGCUGAAUUUUUGCAUCGAACUAGACUAUAGUUGAACUAAGCUAAAUCUAAAAUGUUUGACAAUGAUUUGUUAUUUAAAAGUGGGGUGUCCGGUCAAUAACUCAAAAAAAUAAAAAGAAAACAACGAGACUCCGCGUUGACACAUGCGCGUGCGGUUUGAAUUUUGAAUUUUUUAUUUCAUAUUUAUUUAACGAAAUGAGCUAAAUUUUUCAUCAAACUAGACUAUAGUUAAACGAAGAUCGUAUUUUUGCAGAAAACAAGAUCAACAACUCAAACUCUACAUGCAAAUAAUGGAUAAAAUCACGCCAAUCAUCAAAAAAGACACCAACUACAGCAACAUUGAUCGAAUAAAAAAAGACGCGGUGUGGAAUGAGGAUGAAAGUCGCUGGAUAUUACCGGAACUUGCCGUAAGUCGAACCGUCCUUCCAAGUGCCACAAAUGGACAAAUGAGCGGCGUGGGAAUUGUGAAGAAGGAGUCGACGUUGUUGCGAGCGUCGUAUGAUGAUAAAUUGAGGGAGCGGUUGGCGAAAAGUGAUUCGGAAAAUUUGGCGAAUAGUUAUUUCAAACCGGUGAAACAGUUUAAUGUGCUCAAUAAGUAUAAAGGAGAUCAGAAUAAUCGAUUGAGUGAGUUUUUGCUUGACUAAGCCUAAGCCUAGGCCUAGAAUAUUUAUUAAGCCUAAGAUCUUGGCUAAGCCUAAGCCUAACAUAAGUCAAAAAAAAUCCUAAAUACUUCACUAAGCCUAAGCCUAUCGAAAAAAAUCGGCCCGAGGUUUUUUCAAUAAAAAAUUCUUUCCCGCCCAAAUAAAAAUUUUGAUUUGGGCGUGAAUUCAAAAUUUCCAAAAAAAAAAAUUUUUAUCAAAAAUCAAAAUUUCGAAUUUUUAACACCGAUUUUUCCGCCUUUACUGUUACUUCUAGGUGAUUUACUAAGCCAAAUUAACAAAUUAGCUAAGCCUAAGCCUGACAAAUGAGCUAAGCCUUAGUUAAUUAGCUAAGCCUAAGUUAAUCAGCUAAACCCAACAAAUGAGCUAAGCCUAAGCUCUUGUCUAAGCCUAAAAGCCUAAAUGGUCUAAGCCUAUAUUUCCAGACACCCGAUCCUAUUUCCCCAAUAAAUCUUCGACAUUCGACGGACUUGUAAAUGGUGUUGUAUAUACGGAUGAGAUUUUCGAUCGUGCACAAUCUGCAAAACGUCCAGCUCGCCUGGCAGCUAUUCAGAAAUAA